GAUCAUGCAGACAGGCUAAAUGUCUAUGGUAGGGCAAGCUAGGCACAGAGAUCGCCGACUGACACCGGAGCAAGCGCCCUCCUGAAUCAUAGAUAUGAGGAGUCCGAGCGCCCCCAAGCCGCCGGGUAGAGAGGAGAUAGGCGCUUUCAGCACUGUUUAAGUAACCUACGGUACUUGAUUGAGCGCAGUGUAGUUGAAAAAAGAAAAACGAAUUUCUCGUCUCCACCUCCCCCCGCCAACCUUGGAAGGGAGCGUCACCGUCCUUACAGUAGAGAUUCGGUAUCUUCUCUUCACUGGCUGUCUGAGACUCUAUGCUCUCUCUCUUGAUCUUUGUCUUUCCAGUCUCGGUUGUAUGCAGUAAACACUACUAAACAUGCCAAACUUGCUUGAAGCAGUGUAAUCUGCCUGAAAACUUUAAGGUCAUUAUAAAAAUGAAUAAAACAGAAAGUAUUCUACAAGCGAACGGGAUACAAGCAGACAAAGUGGCAUAACUGCUACUAUUAGUGAUGCUUUGGGAAAUUUAUUAUGGUGCUAGCGAUCAUGUAAUUUUAACAGCUACAUGCCAUUCAGAAAAUAAAAUAAUUAGCCAGUUUUCCCUGACAUGCAGCUACAGGGAAGGAGAACCAUUUACUUGCCAUGUUUCCCUCUGUAAUGUAGAUAUUGCAAAAGAGAAGAUAAACCAAAAAGUGUUAUAAUUCCAUAGCUAAUUUGAAGGAAAUUGGAGCCCCCUUAUCAGAAUAAUCAGCGCAAUUCUCAGAUAAAAUUAGCACAAAAACUGAACACCUGCUCUUUAAGAGGGUAUCUGAGUAGAUACACCCACUUCUCAGUGCUUUUGUCUGUUUCCCAGUCUAUCUCCUAUUCUAAGCAUGAUUGGCUAUAUAAGCUGUCAUUCAUGAUAAUGCUCAACAAAUCCCUUUCUAUGCCUAGUUGAGUAGCUAGUAUUGGUUUUCGUCACUGAGGUGUGACAGGUACAAGGCAGUGGCUGACAUGAUGCAGCCACUGGAUUCAGAGACAGCCUUAAUAAAAAUCAGCCACUGUAAGAAGGACAUAUUUUUUCCCUAUGUGCCCAAGUACUGUCCCCUGUGUGGACAGAGCGUGAGCUGCAGGAGACUGGAAGAAGCGCCUGUCAGUAUUCCCAGCCCUUUUGUUAAUGGGCACAGAGAAAAAUGCUCUUUUCUACUUAAGCCUACUUCAGGAACAUUUCUAAGAGGAUAUGAUGGGGAUUCUGAUCUUCAUGUUGGAAUAACCAGUACUAAUGGUUUGGUCUAUAAUUACAGUGAAACGGGGAUCAACAGAGGUGAACAUGGAUGGGAACAAUGUAUAAACAUCCCCCUCGUACAGCCUGACAUGUAUGCUUUACUCAAACAAUGGGAUACAUACCUAGAACAAUUCUCAGCAACAGAAAUCUGGCUUCCAUACAGGUACGAAGAACACAUUCACAACUGUUAUACAUUCGCCCUAACAUUUAUUAACUGUGUGCUGAGUGCACAAGGGAAGCAGCAAAUGAAUAAAAGUGAGUUUACAGAGAAAUUUGUCAUUCCACGGACAAGGAAAGCUUCCAAGUAUAUCACUGUCUACAAGGAAGUAUGCAAGAAUGGCUUCUAUGUUGUGGACCGUCGCGAGCAAGAGAAUGACAAUUCCACAGGGAGUCAUUUAUUAUAAAAAAAAUCAAAUACAGAUGGCAGUGAAAAUAAAAUGCUUAGGUGAAGACCUUCAUGUUUUCUGUUCCUAUCCUACUGAAACUACAGUAGCUCCAGGCAAUCCAUACUCACUUUUGAAAGAAGUUCCACAGAGUUUGGUGAAGCUUUCUAAGUAUACAUAAGUCUACAGGCUUGAUACCUACUGUAACCUUUCAGAUAAACUUCUGUGUAUCUUUCUAAACCUUGACUAGCCAUUACAUGAAAUAAAACAUUGCCUGCA